AUGGAUCCUCGCUUCCCAUCAGCAGUGUAUGCUACCAUACGUUCUGGGAAAGACCGAAAGUCAACUCUCGGCGAAAGGGCCCUGAUAGCAGCCAAUUUUGAAGAGUGUCGUGAAACUCUGCAAAGCGUCCAUACGAUCUGCAAAAAUCUCAAGAGCAACCACCCGGAGAUCGAACUUGAUAUUGCUGAUCAAGUAUCGGCGUCAUUCAAAACGUGGGGCAAUGACAUCGGGGCCUCCAAUCACAAUCUGGAUCGCAGUCUACGGCUGAAUCAAAGGCUUCGUGACCAGGUUGUUGCGCUAUUGAACGUCUUUCAAGAUGAACUUGAGCAAGACAUUGAAGCUCUCCAAUACGGCAUCUACCAAACGAACGAUACAGAUUUGGCCGAACCCCAUUUUGACGAUGAGUUGGGUCUAGCAAGCCCCCUGCCGCAGACCGAAGGCACAUGCAUAGCUGCUGAGAUUCAAGAAGUCUUUCUUUGUGCCGAGGAAUCACUCGACCAGCUUAAGUCUCUCAAUCCUGCCUUGAGAGAGGCUUAUCCAGAAGACCUGAAUGGCGGCUCUGGCAGCUCAAACGCUUCCAGCGACCCGCUAGACAAUCCAGUUCACGAACAUCUGGAGUUGACUAGAUCAAUGUUUCCUGGCGCAUCAGAAGUCUUAAUCGAAAGGCUUGGACGAGCCAACUGGAGACGACAACAAUCCCUUCGUGUUGUACGGGAGAGAAGAGCUGUUGGUUUGAACACUAAGGCCAAGAUCUCUAAACUUGGUCCUCGGCAGGGCCCCAGGCGUGAUGUUGCUGUUGACGCUUUCAACUUCCAGCAGCCUGCCCUCAAGGUCGGCAGCGAUCACGCAAAACACUCAGUCCCCCGGCUUGAAGGUAUUCCGGAAAGACCGCACAAGCACGAUUCCGUCUCUGUCUCUGACUACAGCUCCUCUUCACAUGCAGAGACAUCCCUUGCACCAUCCAUGUUCUCUCGACCCCAUUUUUCUCGUACAGCAUCACUCACAUCUUAUGCACAGUCCACGGCUCGGAAGCCAGAUGCACCCCCUUUUAUCCGUGGGACUGAGCAUCUGGUACCACCACCGCCCAGAUCUUUGGAUGGUCAGCCAUUCACAUGUCCGUAUUGCUGUUUUGAGGUCAAUUUAUACGAAGAGUUGAAAACCACUGAAGAUUGGGAGUCUCACGUGUUCGAAGACUUACUCGCUUAUCUCUGCACUUUUGACCAUUGCGACUGGGGUCGCAAAGCGUACGGUGCGCGUGACGAGUGGUACCAGCACGAGUUACGAAGUCAUCUCAUACCUCAGGUAUGGAGUUGCGAGUCGUGUCAGAAGGAGUUCGAAACCAAGUCACACCUAGAAGAGCACUUGUUGAAGUCACACUCGACUGACUUCUCGCCGGACGAGGCUACUGAAAUGGUGUCAUUCUUGAGGCCUAUUCACUCUCGCAAGUCCUUCACACGAGAAAGAUGUCCUCUAUGUCCCUCCCCGCUGGAGCCAGCAGAGAUGAAGAAACACAUAGCGAAGCAUCUAGAGCAGUUAGCUCUGACAGCUGUGUAUGGAGAGGAGUCUACGGAAGAAGAUGAUAGCGAUGAUAUCAUGUCUCAAAGCGCUAGCGACAACAUGUCCGAAAGAGGAACGAAACUCCGGAUGCUGCAAGCCUUCGCCGACGAGCAAGUCGCACAGUUGGGACAACGUCCAAAACCAGCGGAAAACAUUGACGAAGACGAUAUUGAUGAUGUUUCAGACAAGGAUGAACCAGCAUCGGGCUUCUCUGAGGUGGCAGGAAGUGGAUUAGCUGGCCCAUCGGGUGCUUGGAGAGUACAGGAGUUGAUGAGUGGUGGCACUCGUCCGAGCCGCCAUGUCGAACAAGGCUCAAGUCGUUUCCAUCAUCGACCUCGAUCUAACACAGACUCAACACAAAGAUUCCCACUCGUAGAAACAAGGACCUUUCCCAAAGAUGAAAGUUUCAAAGGGCGCGAAAAAGAGCUGGCCAAUCUCUACAAGAUUCUGUCAGAGCCUGGCCGAGUUUAUGUUCUCAGUGCUGAAGGUGGUAUGGGGAAAACAACUCUGGCCGCUGAGUUCACAUACCGAUAUGAGCAGUCUUUCGAGUACAUCUUUUGGGUUCAGGCCGAGACACAAGUUGGUGCUUCGGAAACAUUCAACGAAAUUGCUCUUGUGCUCGAUUUGGCGGCACCUGGCUCUGAUCCAGAAGAGCUGACGAAAUUCGGGCGAGAAUUCCUAGAAACCACCAAGAAGCGAUGGUUAAUGGUCCUCGAUAAUGUGGAAAAGUGGGAUAAUAUUGACGGCUUCACACCAAUGAAGACAUCGGCGACAACAGGCAGUAUUCUCAUCACCACGAGAUACCAAGGGCUUACAGCACCAUCAAGGCCAAUCAACUACUAUCGCAAAACCCUUGAAGAGCUACCAACGGAGGAGGGAAGAGAACUUCUGCUGCACGGACUGCCCCCAGAUCUUCGGCCAUCCACUUACUCUGUGCGAGACCCUGAGUACAAAGCUGCGGGAGAUCUGGCAGCUCUAGCCGGCUUGCCAUUGGUAAUCGUCCUCAUUACUGGGUAUAUGAAGGCAAUGAAUUGCAAGCCGUCUGAGUUUGCCAGCUACUGGGACUCGUGGUGGCUGGACAAUAACCCAGGUUCUGGUCCAGAAGACCAGAAAAGCACCAAAGGAAGGCUUGACACCAUCAUGAAGAUUUCUACAGAAGAUCUCAGCAGUGAUGCAAACAAAGUCCUCCGCAUAUUGUCUUUCUUAGACAGCGACGGAGUUCCUAAGGACCUCUUGGUUGUCGAGAAAGGUCAGAACGGGCCGAGUUAUCUGCAGGCCUUCAGGAUCGAGAAAAUCUUGAAUCAGUUGAUAUCCAAGCAUUUCAUUUCUGAGAAGACCCAGGACAACAAAAAGAUGUACAUCGUUCAUCGAUCAGUACAGAUGCGAAUCUCCCGAGAACUUCACAAGAAGACUCGGCAAGCCGAAGAGUUGUUCAAACUGACUGUCGAGCUGGUCCGUCGACGGCUUCCGCGGCCUUCUUUGGAAUUUCCAGACCAACAAAAAUGGAGCCAUUUCAAGGAAUACUUGCCACAUGUUGCGACCCUCCAGAAGAUCUACGCGGACCAGGGCACGGUGAUCGCUCUGACCCCUUUCAUCGAGCUUGCCGAGUUGUUCAAGGACGGCGGAGUGUUUCUGUGGCAAAGAUUCCUCCGAAAUGACGCCAUGCGGCUUUUGUUAGCUGCAGAGAGAAUCCUCGACCAACUAGAAACGAAUCACGACGAGCUAAGAGCUGAGAUCCACGUUACGAUGAACCUCUUGCUUCAAUACCUUGGAAUUUCCCGCCGCAAAGAAAUCAGUGAAAGAUCAAAGAAGAUACUCGAAUUCAAUCAGAAUCGUGCAAGGCAGCUGGAGGCUUUGGGAAAGCUCACAGAUGUCGACAGGAUCCGAGUCAUCAACGCUUUCGCGGACUACGCCAAUUCCUUGCUUCAGGGCAACGACUUCAAAGCCGCUGAUUCGAUCUACAGAGAUUGUCAUGAACGGUUGCUUACCAUCACAUCCGAAGAAUCGGAUCCUUUUUCCUUUGCAAAGCUUGCACAUCACAUGGCUUAUUGUAGCAUGUAUCGACACGAUUUUGAGGAAGCCAUCCAGCUUUCCGAGAAGGCUGUCCGACUCAUGCAAGUAUUUGGCAACAAGUUGCUUGUUCUGCGAUUUCAGUUCGACCUUGCCUGCAUUAUUCUGCAGAGUGGCGAUUUGCAGGGCUCCCUAGACCAGCACGAGAUUAUACUAGCCGAGAGGAUCAGACUCCAAGGCAAGGACAGCUACUUCACGUUACAAAGUCAGUAUGCUGUGGGUGCAUUGUACUCCUACCUAGAAAGAUGGGACGACGCCGAAUGGCAAAUCAACAACGCCUUACAGAAAGCCGAAGGUAAGCCCGGUAAAAGCGUCUGGUCAGAUGCUGCGACCGCGAGAGCCAAGUUCCACCUUUCCCAGAUACUGAAGGCGCGGAAUGGUGGCGAGUUGUCAAUUGAUGCAGAAAAGCUAGCCCAAGAAGGGAAGGACGUGUUAUCAAAGCUACUUGUUUAUGAUGACAUCUCCGGAGUCAAGGAGGAAGACACAGGGGCGCUGUUCGAUCACUUACAGCCGGUCUUCGGGGGACGUUGGACGGGAAUAAGUCUUUUGAAGUACGUAUCCUAG